AUGCGGCCUCCGAGGGGUGGUGGCAGUUUCAGGGGGAGGGACGGCAGCCGAGGCGGCAGAGGGGGCGGGCGCUUCGGCGGACGAUUCGGAGGCCGAGGAGGCGGCGGCGGCGGCGGUUUCUUCCGCGACGAGGGCCCUCCGGCGGAGGUCGUAGGUCAGGGCUCCCUGCUCGACUUGUUACACUCUUUCUCAGUCGAUUUUCGUGCUCCAUUUUACAUGUUUGUCGUUUUUUUUUUGAUCGACGGGACUGAUUUUUGUUUUGGGAGGGCAGAGAUAUCGUCGUUCCUUCAUGCCUGUGAAGGGGACGCCGUCACGAAGCUCACGAAUGAGAAGAUACCCUACUUCAACGCUCCUAUCUACCUUGAGAACAAGACUCAGAUCGGGAAAGUCGAUGAGAUAUUCGGUCCCAUCAAUGAAUCUGUGAGAACGAUUUGCCACCCUUGAUGAUGCGCCUCCAGUUUGGAGGCGCCGCGCCGCGCCCUAUUUUUCUCUGUCAACUUAGUGUUUGUGAUUUUUGAACUGGGUUGCAGUACUUUUCCGUCAAGAUGAUGGAGGGCAUCGUCGCCACCUCGUACGCGGAGGGCGAUAAGUUCUACAUCGACCCGGCUAAGCUGCUGCCCCUCUCGAGAUUUCUUCCUCAACCAAAGUAAGGCCAUUCUUAUUCUUUCUCUCUGACUGUCUAGAAGUCGUGUUUUAUCGACGACACCUUAAGAUUUCUUGACUAGAGUGUUUUCUUCAGCUGAACGAACGAGAAUCAUUUCUCAAUUCUAGUCUCCAAAUUGUGCUGGAUAUCUUGCUGAUUGUGGGUUGUCCGCUCGUUAGUGUGUCAUCCCCAUACCAGUUCUUUGCAUGCCAUUCUGGGAAUCAUAAGCUUAAUAAAAAAAAUAAAAAAUCGGGUUCAAGGUUUCUCAUGAGUUUCGAUGUCUUAUCCAUUUUCGUUCAAGCAUUAUGGUUUAAUCCCUUCACGAGUAUUAGUUAAAGUUAUUUUAAGUUAUCUCUCAAUUACAUAAUAACUUUCACAGCUUUGAAGUUCAAACAAUUAGUCGGUACCCUGUGCAUGACGUAUUUGUCAAAAGAUGACGAAUACAUGUGUGGUUUGGAUACAACUGGGCAAUGUUCUUCACUUUUAAUCGCAGCCCAGAAGCUGGUGAUUGAGACGACAAUAGAAACUUUCAUUUGGGUCCAUGACUGAUAAGCAGGUGACUCUUGCCUGGGCUGACGAAGCUGACGAAUUAUUAUUUUGCUCAUGUGCGCUGGGCAAAUUGUUCUAUUCUGGCUUAUAUUUUCCUACUGAUUGUUUUUCUUCUUGAUUCUAUUUCUUAAAUUAGAUCAUCAACCUUUGGUACUUAUUGCAUGUUUAACUCGCAUCAUUAGUGACCGAUUAAUAACAGCAAGAACUUAUCACCUCCAUAAGGCAAACGUGUCAUGUAAAGGGAGGAUUGGCAUCAAUCUGGCAGAUCUGGCUGCAUACAUUUUAGCUGGUGAAAUCUUAUUUAUGCUCAUGUGCGCUGGGCUGAGUGAAGUCAUUUCAUAAACAUAACAUUGCCAUCAUAGUGAAUAUUUCGUUUUGGGCGUGCAAUUAUUUUAUGCCGUCGUUUUGGUUUUUCUAUUUAUAUGUGAUUUAAAUUUACAAGGAUUGAUUAUGCUUCACGCUUUUCUCCAGGGGCCAGGCACAAUCUGGUACCAGAGGUGGUGGGCGUGGAGGUAGAGGUGGUGGUCGGGGAGGAGCGCGUGGUGGUGGCGGCUUCCGUGGGAGAGGAGGGCCUAGAGGUGGAAGAGGGGGGCCUCCGAGAGGCGGUGGUCGUGGUUUUGGUGGGCGUGGUGGCGGUGGUUUUAGGGGACGAGGAAGAUCAUAA